AUGAAAUCACAGCAGCAACACGUCUCGGAGGAUGAUCCUCAAACCAUCGUUGCACUCAACUCACGAGCUUCAAAGUCAGUCAAUGGUGGAGAAAACUCAGAUGCGAUCCCAGUUGAUCUCAUCUUCGAAAUACUCUUGAAAUUGCCGACGAAAUCUAUAGCGAGAUGUCGCUGUGUAUCGAAGCUCUGGUCUUCCAUACUUGUCCGUCCAGAUUUCACGGAGUUGUUCUUGACUAGAUCUACAACUCCCCCGCAAGUCUUGUUCUCCAGCCCAAAUAACCGCGAGUUGUUCUUCUUCACGGCACCGCAGGUCCAAAAUCCAGAUCAGAACUCUUCUCUUGUAUCCCGGCCUUAUCACACGAAGCCCCCCUUUGAUUGUUGUUCCCCUCGAAUUUGUGUUCCUGUCGGCGGUUUGGUCUGUCUUAUAUAUAAGCGGAACUUAGAGGGAGGGAAUGAAAUAGUACCAAUGAUAUGCAAACCUAGCACUGGACGACAAGCCUUACCUUUACCCGCAUUGAAGACGACAAGGGUUCAGGUGAAAAGCUUUUUUGUUUAUGAUCCCAUUGGUAAACUAUUUAAGGUAUUAUUGUCCAUGAUCUUGCCAUGUCAUGGAAACGAAGGGAACUGUAAGGAGUGUCAAAUUCUGACAUUAGGGACUCAAACACUUUCAUGGAGAAAGAUUGAUUGUUGUAUACCCCAUCGUCCUAUAUAUCGUGGGAUAUGCAUUGAUGGCUGUUUGUAUUAUCAAGCUUUGGUCGAUGAUCACCGUUCAGGGGUUUCUACGAUAGUUUGCUUUGAUGUUAGGUCUGAAACGUUUAGAUUUGUGAAGAAAGAUAUAGCGAUGUCUAGUGAAUCAACUCUGGUUAACUAUGAGGGUAGAUUAGGUGCACUUCAGUCAGAUAGGGGUAAUAAAAGAGUUAAUAGCCAAACUAGAAGUCUUGAGUUGUGGGUUCUGGUAGACGCUGAGAAAAAUGAAUGGUCGAAUAACGUAUAUGACUUGCCCCCGUUGUGGAAGAAUAUAGUUCCAAAGGCUGAGUUAUGUUUUGUUGGAUUGACUAGUACAAAUGAUAUUGUGUUGUCCGAACGCAAUCCAUUUGACAUUUUCUGGAUUUUCUACUACAAUCUCGAGAGGCACACAAUCAUAAAAGUUGAAAUCCAAGGAAUGGAUGUGUAUUUCUCUUACUAUCAUAGAGUUCAAACCUAUCUAAACGUGUAA